AUGCCGACUUGUGUCGUUCCCACUUGCAAAAAUAAUGGCACGAUAUCAAAGAAAUCUGAUGGGAUCACGUUUCAUACAUUUCCAGUUGAUGAAGAAAGAAUGUUGCAAUGGAGGAGAAUUAUUAGAAAAGCACGGCUAGAUGACUGUUGGAAACCAUCUAAGCGAAGUGUAAUUUGUUCAAUACAUUUUGGGGAGCAGUUCUUUUACUACACAAAAAGUGGUAUGAAAAGGCUCAAAAAAGAAGCUAUGCCUAUUAAGAACAUUAUUGUAUCUCAAGACAUAACUGAAACCCAAUUAAAUUUAUCGGGAUUUUUAAAGUCCAAGACUCCGGCAUUCACUAAUUCUAUAACAGAGAUAGUUGAUGUUGAUAAUCUGAACUUGGAUCGUAAAUCUGUCGUAACAUCCUCUUCCUUAGAGGGUAAAGCUGACAUAGAUUCAGAGAUGCAGCGGUUGCAAACAAAUUCAGAUAUAAAUAAUGAGUUUGAUAAUUUGAAGCAAAUGAAGCUAAAAGCACAAUUGCGUCGUAAACAAAUUUUCUUAGAUCGUCAUGUGUUAUCACAACUUGAUUUUCCAGAGGUUUCUGGAGAAAAACAUGUACCAUCCAUUGACAAUGCUCUUAAAACUACAAACAUAUCUAGCAUAUCUUUUCCUACUAUAAAUACAUCAAAAAAUGUAGAUACAAAUGAUUUACAUUGGAAGGAAAAUAUUCACUGUAGUGUAUCAAAUAAGAAAAGCACAUCACCAACGUAUAUUAAAAAGAAAAUAAUAGACUCGCACUUUGACCAUAAGAAUAAAAGAAAGUUUCCUGGACCUGCUGGGCUGCUGGUAGGAAACUGUGAAGAAACAAAGGACGAUUCGAUGUGCCAGAUAGAAUUAUUAUCACAGGACAUAGAUUCAUCUCAACAUUUGCAAAAAGGUAUUUUUCACACUCCACUAUGGAGUAAGCUGCAAGAAGAUACAAGUAACUUAAAUUAUAGUACAAUAAAAAUAAUAAAACAGCAAGCUCUGGCAGGAAACCUAAGGAAGAGAAAAGCAGAUGUUGUUAGAGGGUUUGUCGAUUCUAUUGAUAGAUCUGCUAUUGAUCCACUGUUCACACUGAGAGAUCCAACAGGUCACAUAAAAUGUACAUUACACCGGGACGCUUGGACAUACUUCUCAACCUACAUUGCCUCGGAGUGCUGUGCUCUUGUACUUCAAAGAACCACUGUAUUAACAACCGGAAGUGCUUUUAAGAAACAUUACCUUAAUGUUACACUUUACAAUAUAUCCCAUAUUUACAGCAACAAUAUUGUACAAGAGGAGAUAGAGUUACCUGAUGGAUUCGUUAAGAUAGUAAAUGGCGAGUUUACAUUGAUAAAAUGCGAUAGACCAAUAACAGAUUUACAAAGCAAUGAAGAAAUAGAGAAUAACAUUCUCGAGGGUUUAGAUGGAGAGUUUGCAGAUAUUUUUUAA